GGAGAGGCGGGUGGUUGGAAGCCAGGAGGGAAACAUUAGCCCUCGCUUCUCCUCUUAGUUGAGAGUUUUCUUGUUUGUUCCCGGGACCGAAGGCGACGCGCAGCUCAGCCGGGACGCACCGCACCGAGCCAGGACGCACGGUAUGAUGGACAGAUAGCAGAAGGGGGACGAGGACGAGAAGAUGUCGUUCUUUGGCAUGGACUGUGUCAGGAAGAAAGAGAGAGAGCUGGAGCGAAAACUCCGUGCCAACGACCGCGAGUACAACCUCUCCUUUAAAUAUGCAACGAACGCCAUCAAGACCUCCAAGUACAACCUCUUCACCUUCUUACCUCUUAACCUGUUUGAGCAGUUCCAGAGGAUUGCUAAUGCCUACUUCCUGUUUCUGCUGGUGCUCCAGGUGAUUCCUCAGAUCUCCUCUCUGUCCUGGUUUACCACCGUGGUGCCUCUGGUUCUCGUGCUGUCAGUCACCGCUGCCAAGGAUGCCACUGAUGACAUCAAUCGCCACAGGAGCGACAAUCAAGUCAACAACCGAAAGGUUCAAGUCCUUAUUGAUAGAAAACUACGGAGCGAGAAAUGGAUGGACGUCCAGGUGGGAGACGUCAUCAAGCUGGAAAACAACCAGUUUGUCACCGCUGAUCUCCUGUUGCUCUCCAGCAGUGAACCUCUCAACCUGGUCUACAUCGAGACAGCAGAACUGGAUGGAGAAACUAACCUGAAGGUGAGACAGGCCCUGACCGUGACCGGAGACCUGGGGGAUGAUAUCGAAAAACUGGCAGACUUCAACGGCGAGGUACGCUGUGAGCCCCCCAACAACCGCCUGGACCGCUUCACAGGAACGCUAACACACGGCGGCCAGAAAUACCCACUGGACAACGAGAAGAUCCUGCUGCGAGGCUGCACGCUGAGGAACACCGAGUGGUGCUUCGGACUGGUGCUGUUUGGAGGCCCAGAGACAAAGCUGAUGCAGAACUGUGGGAAGAGCACGUUCAAGAGGACCAGCAUAGACCGUUUGAUGAACAUCCUAGUUCUUUGCAUUUUUGGCUUCCUGGCCCUCAUGUGCACCAUCCUGGCAAUAGGAAACUACUUCUGGGAGCUGAACGAAGGCUCGCAGUUCACUGUCUUCCUGCCCAGACAAGAUGGCAACGAUGCUGGCCUCUCAGCCUUCCUCACAUUCUGGUCUUAUGUCAUCAUCCUCAACACUGUGGUGCCCAUCUCUCUCUAUGUUAGUGUGGAGAUCAUCCGGCUGGGCAACAGCUUCUACAUUGACUGGGACAGGAAGAUGUACUACGCACGCUACGACACCCCCGCCGAGGCUCGUACCACCACGCUGAAUGAGGAGCUUGGCCAAAUCAAGUACGUCUUCAGUGACAAAACGGGGACGCUCACACAGAACAUCAUGACCUUUAACAAGUGCUCCAUCAACGGCAAAUCUUACGGGGAUGUGUAUGACUACACAGGUCAAAGACUAGAAAUAACUGAGCACACAGAGACAGUGGACUUCUCCUUCAAUCCGCUGGCCGACCCUCGCUUCAUGUUCCACGACCACGCCCUGGUGGAGGCGGUGAAGCUUGAGAACCCAGAGGUCCACGCCUUCUUCAGACUGCUGGCCCUCUGCCACACCGUCAUGGCCGAGGAGAAGAAAGAAGGUGAGAUUUUCUACCAGGCCCAGUCUCCAGAUGAGGGAGCGUUGGUAACAGCAGCCAGAAACUUUGGAUUUGUCUUCCGCUCACGCACACCAGAGAGCGUUUCCAUCGUGGAAAUGGGACAGCAGCGCAGCUAUGAACUCCUGGCCAUCCUGGAUUUCAACAAUGUCCGCAAGAGGAUGUCCGUCAUAGUUCGGGGUCCAGAGGGGAAGCUGUCUCUCUACUGUAAAGGCGCAGACACAAUCAUCUACGAGAGGCUGCAUCAGUCCUGCAGCAAGCUGAUGGACGUCACUACAGAGCACCUUAAUGAGUUUGCAGGGGAUGGCCUGCGAACGCUGGCGCUGGCCCACAAGGAUCUGGACGAGGAGUAUUUCAACCAGUGGAAACAGCGUCACCAUGAGGCCAGCACCGCACUGGAUGACCGAGAGGGCAAACUGGACCAGCUGUACGAGGAGAUAGAGAAGGAUCUGCUGCUCCUUGGAGCAACAGCCAUAGAAGACAAGUUGCAAGAUGGAGUUCCUCAGACUAUUGAGCAGCUGUCCAAAGCCGACAUCAAAAUCUGGGUUUUGACUGGUGACAAACAAGAAACUGCAGAAAACAUUGGUUACUCCUGCAACUUACUGCGCGAGGAGAUGAAUGAGGUCUUCAUCAUCUCGGGCAACUCGCCUGAGGAUGUCAGACAGGAACUAAGGAAUGCACAGACCUCCAUGAAACCAGAUGCAGUGGAGGAUUCAGUGUUUCUGCCAGAUAGGACUCCGAGUAAAGGUGCGAAAGAAGAGAUGGCGAAUGGAGAGUACGGCCUGGUUAUCAACGGACACAGCCUUGCGUACGCCCUCGAGCGCAGCAUGGAGCUGGAGUUCCUGAGGACGGCGUGUAUGUGUAAGGCGGUGAUCUGCUGCAGGGUCACUCCUCUGCAGAAGGCUCAGGUGGUCGAGCUGGUCAAGAAGUACAAGCAAGCGGUCACACUGGCCAUAGGAGACGGAGCCAACGAUGUCAGCAUGAUCAAAGCGGCUCAUAUAGGUGUAGGCAUCUCCGGUCAGGAGGGCAUGCAGGCCGUGCUGUCCAGUGACUACUCCUUCGCCCAGUUCCGCUUCCUGCAGCGCCUCCUGCUGGUGCACGGCCGCUGGUCAUACCUGCGCAUGUGCAAGUUUCUGCGAUACUUCUUCUACAAGAACUUCACCUUCACCUUCGUCCACUUCUGGUACGGCUUCUUCUGCGGCUUCUCUGCACAGACGGUGUAUGAUGAGUGGUUCAUAACACUCUACAAUCUGAUGUACACAGCACUGCCUGUUCUGGGAAUGAGCCUGUUUGAUCAGGACGUGAACGACGUGUGGAGUUUCCAGCAUCCUCAGCUCUAUGUUCCCGGGCAGCUCAACCUGUACUUCAGCAAGAAGUCCUUCUUCAUGUGCGCUCUCCACAGCGGCUACAGCUCCUUGGUGCUCUUCUUCAUCCCCUAUGCAGCCAUGUACGACACCGUAAGGGACGACGGGAAGGACGUCGCCGACUACCAGUCCUUUGCCCUCCUCACCCAGACAUGUCUCCUCUUUGCUGUCAGCAUCCAGUUGGGGUUGGACAUGGCUUACUGGACAACGGUGAACACUUUCUUCGUGUUGGGCAGUCUGGCCAUGUACUUUGCUGUCACAUUCACCAUGUACAGUAAUGGCAUGUUUCUCAUGCUGCCGUCAGCCUUCCCUUUCAUAGGAACGGCUCGAAACUCUCUGAACCAGCCGAACAUUUGGCUGACGAUCCUCCUCACCUCCAUCCUGUGUGUCCUUCCUGUGGUUACCUACCGCUUCCUGUUGAUUCAGCUCUGCCCCACCAUCAAUGACAAGGUGAUGUUCAAGGUGAGACAGGCCAAAGCAACCCCUCCCCCUCCGCCUCGACGCACACGCAUCCGCCGCACCAGCUCCCGCCGCUCAGGCUACGCGUUCUCGCACGCGCAAGGCUACGGGGACCUGGUGACAUCGGGCCGGUUCCUGCGGCGUCCCGCUGUGUCGCGAUCUUCAGGUUUCACCCACGUGGGUCGCACCACCACGAGCUUCAGUCCCAUGGGACGAUCAGCUGGAUACAGCCCGACAGGACGCCCCCAGAAUGCCAAGGCCCCAGAUGUGGAGGUGACAUCGCUGCAGAUGUACAGGACGAUCAGGGAUCCCGCUCUCUGACAGUGAAGUGGCGUUUGGAGAAGAGGGAACGAUGCCAACUGGACAGAUGUAUGCUGCUGGCAGUCGGAGGUGUUUAAAGCUCCUUUCUUACCUUGAAGCACUUGCUCGAGCGUUCCAGAGAACUUCAUGUCAAAGAUUUUUCCAUGAUCCGUCUCUCAUCUGCCCACUCACCCAAGAUGAGGUUUGAAAAGUGCACGACUGUUGCUCCAAGCAUUUUGUUUUGUAUUGUCUAAUGAAAGGGAACUACAGCAAAAUGUGUAGCUGCUUCUGAUGGAAUCUCAUGUGGAAUCUGAUGGAAUCUCAUGUAAAACAUGCCUCAUGCAGAGCCAGCAGAUGAAAGGUUUGACAAAUGAAAUGGUUCUGAUACUAGAAACAGUAAAAGGACGCUUCAUUUUCAGAUAGGAGCUGCCACAGAAGGAGGUGUCAUCAUGUUUACAGGCUGCCCAGAUUUAACUCUUAACUCUGGCAGUCCAGAUGCACAGCAGGGCUUUGCACAGAGGAUAUAACCAGCAAAGCUAUUUUGCAGAAUAUUUUACUUUUUUUUACUUCAAGUGUCUUUCUAAAGCAUUUUAGUUUCCUAUCUUGAAAGCUGUACAAGCAGUUAGCACUUUGGCAGCGUUAGAAAGGCAGUGUUAGAAAGAUCACAAAGGUGUCGCUCUCAAUAAACAUCUUCUCAGUGGCUCCAGGGAGGAGAGGAAAUGGCAAGAAAACUUUUUUAGCAGCAGCAGCAGGAUUCGGCAUCGUUAGCCCAUCCUGCUUCUGUUGGACAUUUUUCGUCCCACAGUAUUGCUUUCUGAGCGCUGAGAGAAUAUCAUGCAACCUGAUUGAAUUUGGGAAAAUGGCAAAUAUCAAGACAAGAUCCUAUUUUGAUUGACAGACAUUUAAAUUUCAAUAUUCAGUACGACUGUGCAAUGAGACAUACUUUAUACUUCAGUUGUAAGUAAUAGUUUUAUUAUUGGUUACAAAAUAAUGUAUUGUUGCUUUACAGAUAAAAAAAAAAAGACGUUAAUAAGAACUAUGUUUGGACUGCCAGGUUGUGAAAGCCCCCGUUUGAAAAUGCAUAUAACUUCAUCUGUGAAGUGACAAAGAGACAAUCCUUUAUUUUUAACAGCAGACCUGACGACUCCUGAGGAAGUGAGUCAUGAAGUCACUUUUUCUCACCAGGCUUAUAGAUACAUUAAAUAAGUAAUAAAGCAGUUCUUAACCUACAAUAAUCCUUCAAGUCUGCUGUUCAUAGACCUAUUCUUAGUUGAAUGUCUUUGGACUGGGGGAGGAAACCAGGUUUUUCACAACCUGGCAACGCAUAAAUCACUCUUUCUAUUGGUUUAUUCCUGACCUGUCCAUUAUUAAGUAUUUUAUUUAGUAUUUAUGAGGCCAGUAGUUAUAACUAGUAAACAAUUUAUAAAGAAUGUCUUACCACAAAGUGGUACCAGAUCAAUGGCGCAGCUUUAUUUGAGCAUGAAAUGUCUAAAAUGUUCCCCCCUGUUAAGGUUUACAUUUUGAGUUGUUUUCCAGUUACAGCAACUGAGAGUCUGAGGCCCCGUUCAACUUCAUUGUAUGUGGGAAAAAGCCAGAUCAUGUCUGGAUCCAGUUUAGAGGGAUUGUAGUUCAAUCUGUGCACUAGAAUGUCUUCAAUGCACCUCGAGUGACCACUUCAGACCAGUUUUAGCAUCCCCCCCAGCAAUGUUUGGACAUCUCCUCGUCAAACAGCAAGAGAGGGUGGACUGCACCGGGCUGUGUGCAGGAUUCAAGUACAGCACAGUUCAAUACAGGAUUCAAAACGUUGACCAGUGUUUGCUGUAGGAAAAUCAACCACAUCUACCUGUUUGGAAGGCACACACACUACAAGGUUAACCGGGUGAUCCUUUAAUCCACUGAGGACUACGUUUGCAUUCGCCUGUGUCCGCACGACUCGUCAGUUGUUCUUCUUGAGUGCAGUAUUAGGUGCGUUCACACCUGCAGUCAGUCACUUGUGGACAGAUCACACAAGAUGCAUAUCAGUGCGAAGUGUGAACAGGGAUGAAUAAACACUGUAUAUACCUUUUGCUUGUAAUUACGCAGCAGAAAUCCUAAUGAUUUUAAAAUCAAUUUAUAAGGUAUUGCAUCACGUCAAGCUUGGUAACUAUUCAAAAUCAUUUGCUACUGUUUGUCUGACAAUCAGUGUGGCAGUUAUCAGUAUUUAUAAUCAACACUUUAAAAAUGCAGAGUAUCUGUUAUCUGGCUUGUUUCCAACACCUUUCUCUUAGAAUGUUGUCUCAGCUUACUGAAAAUAUGACGUAAAAGAAAACAGAGAAGCUGCCUUAAUGUUAAAAGAAAAGGAAAUUCCUAUAUUAUGAAAAACAGAAACAAGGAUGACAAGAAUGUUUGAUGGAAGGUAAGGAUGCUCAAAAAUAAGUUUUGUGGAGCCCAGUCGAGGACAAGCAAUGGUUGUCAGUCAAGGAAGAAACAUAUUUUAUAUAGUCAGGUGGUUUCUGGUGUUUCAAUACAACCAUCUUAAUUUAUUAUCUGUAAAUGAAGGUUUCAAGAAAAAUCCAAAUGAAAUUGGUUUAAUAAUUGUACAAUACUAAUAUGAAAUACUUGCUCAUAUUUUUCUGUUCCAUGUCUUAUAUUAUCCAUGGAUAUGCUAUUACUGAUAUUAUUCACUCAUCUGUCUUUCAUCCACAGUUGAAUUUAAACCAUUGAGACAGCUUACCGUGAUGUUAUGAACUUGUUCGUGUCUGAUCGUCUGUUAACAUGAUGCGAAUCAGUCGGUUGUUGCCCAGAAUUGAAUGUACUAACCCCCAACCCUGCUGAUGAACCAAAGAUUUUUUUUAAGGUUUUGUAUGUCACAGUUUACUCUAAAGUCAAACUGGUGCUCAUCCAACAGAAUCUGAUGCUGGAGGUCAGCGUAAAGUGUUCUUUAUGGAAAUACGUUCAAGCUUGAAUAUGCAGAAGAAACAUUUACUGCAUGUCUGUAAAACAUGCUGAAAGUGCAUCUUUGCCCGAGUGUUUUAUUUUAAUUAAACUCAAAAUCUUGUCACUGUUGGUAGCUAGUCCAGUUUUGUGUCAGAUGUUACCAGUUUCACCGUACUGAGGCCAGUUUCACAAAAGCAGGUGGUGACAGGAAACAGGCGAUAAGGUGCAGAGCUCUUGUAUGCUCAUGUAUGGGUCCACACAGUGUGUUUCAGAAUGAGCAAUGACUUGGAAAGGCUGUCAUGUUGCAAAUAGCCCCUAAAUCACAUUCAGCAGAGCUUUGUCUGCAGUAUUGCUGCAGAAUAAGCGAUAACCAGCAUUUCUGUGGUACUUUCCUAAAUAAAUUGUAGCCAUAGUGAAAAGCUAUUUAUCAAUUUAUUAUGCUAUCAUUGUAUCUCUGGCCCUGAAGACUGAAGCUGUAACAACAUAAGGGAUUUCUGAUGACUGUUUCUCAAACAUGAUUUUUUUUUUAUCGCUGCUCUUCCUGAUCAGCAUUUUGUAUGAUUUUGUACUUUAAAAUUGUUUUAUUGCAAUAAAAAUAUCAACAUGU